AUGGCAACAGACCUCCCCCUCCGAGCCCGCCAGCUCUACCGCGCUCUCCUUCGCGAACUUCCCCGUCGACACAUCUCCCUCUCCACGUCCACACCCUCCAACACACUCAAGCGCCGCUUCCGCACACAAUUCGAACAAUCUCCAUCUUCUUCUUCGUCAUCAUCGUCAUCGUCAUCGCCGACUUUGACAUCAAUCCAACGCGCGGAACAAUUCGUGCAAUACGCAAAAGCGCAAAGAAUGUAUGCCACACUUGUGGCGAGAUAUAAUCCGGGAAUGGAUAUGGAUCAGGAAGAGAGGGUGCGGUUGACGGCGAGGAGGGUGGGGAUGGAUUUACCUGUUGAGAAUGAUAUCGGGGCGUCAAAGGAAGGGGAGAUUCUUGAGAAUACGAGGGAUGGGGAGAGUGAUGGUCGGUAG